AUGUCGGAGCUACCAGCAGCAGCAGAGAAGGAGCGAAAAGCAGCAGCAGCAGCAACAGCAGCAGCAGCAGCAGCAGCAGCAGCAGCAGCAGCAGCAACACAGGAUACAGUGCAGCAUGCAACAGCUGAGGCUGUGAAUCUCCUUCUCGAUGACAUCGAUGCGCUAGCAACAGAAAAUGCUCUUCUUACGGAUAGCGGUGCGGGCUGUGAGGGAGGCGACGAUCCCCGCCUUGGCUACCGUCACCGUCUGCUGCUCCAUCACCUCGUGCAGAAUUGCCCUGCAGCAGCAGCAGCAGCAGCAGCAGCAGCAGCAGCAGCAGCAAUUGGAGCAGCAGUAGCAAUAGGAGAUGCAGCAAAAGCAGCAGCAGCAGCAGCAGAAACACCAAACCCAGCAGCAGCACCACCACCAAACCCAACAGCAGCACCACCACCAAACCCAUCAGCAGCAGCAGCAGCAGCACCACCACCAAACCCAUCAUCAUCAUCAUCAUCAUCAUCAUCAUCAUCAUCAUCAUCAGCAGCAGCAGCAGCAGCAGCAGCAGCAGCAGCAGCAAACCUAGCAGGUCUCCACACAGCAGCAGAUGAAGCUCGCUUCUAUGGGGUCUGCCAGCAGCAGCAGCAGCAGCAGCAGCAGCAGCAGAAUAAGCAAUGGCAGCAGAAUAAGCAGCAGCAGAAGCAGCAGAAACAACAGCAGCAACAGCACCAGCAAAAGGAGCGGCACCAGCACCAGCAGCAGCCACACCAACAGAAUGAGCACCACCACCACCACCAGCACCACCAGCACCAGCAGCAGCAGCAGCAGCAGCAGCAGGAGCAGGAGCAGCAGCAGAACUGUACCUGUGAUUUGAACUCUAUCUCCUGGCCUGCAUGCGUCAACAAGAUCAUCAUAAGCAUAUACAGCACCACCACCACCACCACCACCACCACCAGCAGCAGCACCAGCAGCAGCAGCAGCAGGAGCAGCAUCAGCAGCAGCACUGUACCUGUGAUUUGA